AUAAUGAAGAAGAAGAGGAUGUUGAAAUGAAAGAAGAUUCAGAGGGGUUAGAGCCAAAAGACCUCUCUCCACCCUACAAAAAGAGCAAAGCAAAGAAGCCAGAAUGUUCGAAAGACUCUAGCGAGGAUGAGAACGGUCCAGAGGAGAAGCAAAGUGUGGAAGAAAUGGAAGGGCAAAGCCAAGAUGCAGAUGGUGUCAACACUGUCACUGUGCCCGGCCCUGCUUCAGAAGAGGCAGUUGAAGACUGUAAAGAUGAAGAUUCUGCAAAGGAUGACAAUAUUACAAAAGGCGGUGAAGUGACAGAUCAUUCUGUGUGUGACCAAGAGCAUCCCGAUGGACAAGAGAAUGAUUCAAGGAAGAAUGAAAUAAAAAUUGAAACAGAAUCCCAGAGCUCAUAUAUGGAAACAGAAGAACUGUCAUCAAACCAAGAAGAUGCCGUGAUUGUGGAGCAACCAGAAGUGAUUCCAUUAACAGAUGACCAAGAAGAAAAAGAAGGUGAAAAAGCUCCAGGCGAGGACACACCUAGGGUGCCUGGGAAAAGUGAAGGCUCCAGUGACCUAGAAAAUACUCCAGGUCCUGAUGUUGAAAUGAAUAGUCAGGUUGACAAGGUAAAUGACCCAACAGAGAGUCAACAAGAAGAUCAACUAAUAGGGGCACAAGAUGAAGCGAAGGAACAAAGAAAUGGAACUAAAUGACAAUCCUCAGCAUCGCAAGGCCUCUCCUGGCUCUGGGGGAGCUCAGAAAGAUAGCAGCGCACGCUGUGGAGGAGGGUGGGGGUGGGGGGAAGGCAAGUCCCAUGGAAGGACGGGGAAUCCUUUACUCUAAUUUCUCCAGCUGCAUUUUGUUCUGUUUAUCUGCAGAAAAA